GUCUUGGAUGCGUGCAACGAUGGCCCCUCCACUCCAACUCCAGGCACUCACCUGUGCCGCCAUGACUGGUUUACAUAUUUGCUGUAUUGCUAACCCUCAGCACUAACCCUAUCACAUCACCACUCACUUUUGUUGGGUAGUAGAUACCAAGCAUGACACAGGAAGACAACCCCGCUGGCGACUCCAAGAGAGUGUGGACGACAUUGAUCACGAAUACCGCGUACCUAGCCGGCCUCCUUACACUCGACUACAGCUUGAGGAAGCACAAGUCCAAGUACCCGCUCAUCGCCCUCUACACCGACACGUUCCCCCCAGAAGGCCAUGCCGCGCUCGAGGCUCGCGGAAUCCCCAAGAAGCACGUCAAGUAUCUGCUCCCAAAACUGCACAAGGACUUCACGAACGAUCCGCGCUUCUACGACUGCUGGAGCAAGCUUACGCCCUUUUCAUUGACCGAGUAUGACCGCGUGGUGCAGCUGGACUCGGACAUGCUGGUGCUGAAGAACAUGGACGAGCUUAUGGAAAUGGAGCUGGAUCCGUCGACCAUGGGCGGGAAAGGUCAGAGGGUGUUCGCGGCGAGCCAUGCUUGCGUGUGCAAUCCGCUCAAGAAGCCGCAUUAUCCGAAGAACUGGGUUCCCGAGAACUGCGCAUUCACCUCGCAACACGAUACCCCGGACAUAGCACAAAAGGAAGGCGCCUCCCCAACCUUCGGCCUCGGAAUGCCAAACGGCGGCCUGCAAGUCGUAAAUCCCUCCACCGAGGUCUACCAGCUUAUAUCAGACCAACUCGCCCACGAAACAUCCGUAAACUACGACUUCGCCGACCAAUCGCUGCUCGGCGACGUGUUCCAUGGACGCUGGGUUGCGCUACCGUACAUCUACAACGCGCUGAAGACGCUGAGACACCAGGGCGUACAUGCCCAGAUCUGGAGGGACGACCAGGUGAAGAACAUACAUUACAUCCUGAGUCCGAAGCCGUGGGACGAGAAGUCGGGCAACCACGAGGAGGAGAGCCAUAAGUGGUGGUGGGACUACAACCUGGAAAGGCUGGUCGAGGAGACGAAGCGGGGGAUCGGUGACGGAUUUUGAUUCCAGAGACAAACUAUUGGGAGUCUUUGAUUAAUUGCAUGUACUCGUCAUCGACAUAGACGGAGGGUUGGAGGGUUUGCUUCAGCGCGCAAGUCUGCAUUGGGCGAAUCCAAGGGGCAUGCAUGCGAUGAGUCGACAUUUGAUAAAUGAUCUGAAUCUAUCUCCCACAUGAAACAC